AUGACCCAACAGCUGACCGAGAAGAGCGAUGUCUACAGCUUUGGAGUCCUGAUGCUGGAGUUGAUCACCGCCAAGAAGCCCAUAGAGAAGGGUAGAUACAUCGUGAGGGAGGUGAGGGUGUCCAUGGACAAGACGAAGGACCUCUACGGCCUUGACGAGCUUCUCGACCCCAAACUGGGCCUAGCCACCCGGCUGAAAGGAUUCGAGAGGUACGUCCAAUUGGCGAUGCAGUGCGUUGAAGAGGCCGGCGUUGACCGCCCCAGGAUGUCCGAGGUCGUGAAGGAGAUCGAGACGAUCAUGCUGCUCGUCGGCAUGAACCCCGCCUCUGACUCGACCCCAACCUCUGAAAGCUACGGUGGGACCAGCCGGAGCUCACCCCGCCAUCCCUACAGCGGCGAAAGCAUCUUCGACUACAGCGGUGGAGUCCUCCCCUCCAACGUAGAGCCCAAGUAG